AUGAGUAGAGAGAGUGAAAAAACUUCGUAUAUAGCAGCUGAGAGUAAUGAGGCAAUGUCUUCGGAAGUGAGGGAAUUAAAAGAUGAGAACGGGAGAUUGAAAAAAUUAUUAGCAGAAAAAGAUUUUGAAAUCAGACGGUUAACGAAAAAACUGAACGAUAAAGAGAAUGUGCAAGCAGUUAUAAACAUACCGAAUGACCUAGCAGCCGGUAAGAUAAUAGAACUGUCUAGGCGUAUCAGAGAACUGACAGCUGAGCUGGAAAGUGAAAAAACGAAAUGCAAAACUUUGAAAAACAAGUUGGCAGAAGAAGAAAGCAAAAGAAUCUCAGUGGACGUUACCAGUAAAGAGCUACAAGAAAAAUUAGAUCAGACGAACAUCAAACUGUUAGAGUCACGAAAUCAUGCUCAACAGUUACGUCAAGAUCUUCGACUCGCAUACAAAGCUCUUAGUCAAGAAAUCGGCGCAGAUGUAAAUAUACAAACUUUGUUAAAUCAAGGAACCAAAGGAGCUUGGCGAGGGCGCGCUCAACAAAUCAUAAACUUGCAGAAUCGUGUAGCUGAGCUAAUGGGUCAAUUACAGAAGCAGACCGCUAAUCUAAAGCUAGAAGACGGAUCUGAUAAAGUGAGCUCAAUAAACAAAAUAACAAUGGCUACUAAUCAACCCGUUGGUGUAACACUGGAACACCGAGCUCGACUUCAUCGGUUAGAGCAGGAGAAAAAACAAGCACAGCAGAAAAUAAUGUCUGACGUCGUGAAACUUCAAGAAGAAGUCCAGGAUUUAAAGACAAAACUAGAAGCCAGCAAAGCGAGAAAUAAAAUUCUUACUUCAGAAACACUAUUAUUGAAAAAACAGAUAACGACGUUGAUGGACAAGGGAAGAAAUGAUGACGAGCUCAUAAAAACUUUAAUGUACCAACAGAAAGAACUUCGAACUAUGAUCGAUCAACAGGACAUCAAGAAGCGUCAGCAAAAUCAGCUUCAAACAGAAGAACUUAAUCAACUAAAACAAAGCUACCUUCGAGAUAGUGCUAAACUACAGCAAUUGGAGUCAAUCCUAAAUGAAAAAGAAGCGCUAAUUCGGAAGUUAAAAAAAGAUAUCCAUACAUCACAGCAUGGUUCUGAGGGUCCAAUUGAUAUCGAGCCGGGUUGUGGAGUCGAGGUUCUGUGGACACAGAAAGGGAAGAACUUUGAUGAAAAUAGCAUAUCAUUGUCAUGUGUUAACUGUCAUAAAAACAAAACAAUGGUUGAAGCCAGUCAAGUGGAGAUUGAAAAGUUGUGCGCGUUAAUUCCACAACUCCAGAACAGACUGAAAGAAAAGGCUGAGGAAGUUGUCGAAGUUACGAAGAAAACACAAGAGCAAGAAUACAAAAUAAAGAGUUUGAAGGAUGAAUUGAACCAAAUAAAGCAGGCGUCUAAGCCUAAACCUUCUGGAAUUUACAACAGUCGUAAACAUGAUAAUAAGAGACAGGAAGUGGACAGUAGUAAAGGGUUAGAGUAUCAGUUACAUAUUUUCCAAGAAGAAAAUAAACUACUCAAAGUGCAACUAAAUGAGGCAGAAAGAACCAAAGAAGAGGAUUUUACAUUAUAUCUGAAAAUUAUUGAAGAAACUAAGAAAGUGUACUUACACAGUAUGAGAGAUUUGAAAGAAAAUUCACCUAUGAACCAAAAUACUUUUUAA